AUGCCCCUGGAUGCAGCGAGCCCCCAGCCGCGGGCAUUGCAGCAGGCAGCGCGGGGCCCCCAGCCGCGGGCAUUGCAGCAGGCAGCGCGGGGCCCCCAGCCGCGGGCAUUGCAGCAGGCAGCGCGGGGCCCCCAGCCGCGGGCAUUGCAGCAGGCAGCGCGGGGCCCCCAGCCGCGGGCAUUGCAGCAGGCAGCACCGAGCCCCAUUGCAGCAGGCAGGACGAGCCCCAUUGCAGCAGGCAGCACCGAGCCCCCAUCCCCGGGCAUUACAGCAGACAGCACCGAGCCCCAUUGCAGCAGGCAGCGCGGGGCCCCCAGCCCCGGACAUUGCAGCAGGCAGCGCGGGGCCCCCAGCCUCGGGCAUUACAGCAGACGGCACCGAGCCCCAUUGCAGCAGGCAGCGCGGGGCCCCCAGCCUCGGGCAUUACAGCAGACAGCACCGAGCCCCAUUGCAGCAGGCAGCGCGGGGCCCCCAGCCCCGGACAUUGCAGCAGGCAGCGCGGGGCCCCCAGCCUCGGGCAUUACAGCAGACGGCACCGAGCCCCAUUGCAGCAGGCAGCGCGGGGCCCCCAGCCUCGGGCAUUACAGCAGACGGCACCGAGCCCCAUUGCAGCAGGCAGCGCGGGGCCCCCAGCCUCGGGCAUUACAGCAGACGGCACCGAGCCCCAUUGCAGCAGGCAGCGCGGGGCCCCCAGCCCCGGACAUUGCAGCAGGCAGGACGAGCCAGGCCGCUGCACACCCCCAGCGCGUCUGA